GUGUCUAUAAACUAGUUCGAAAAUGAAAGCAUUUAUAUAAAAUGUAAAUAUACUGCUGGAAUUCAUUCAAAACUGUCAGUGAUUCAGUGAUGCAAAGUUUUAUUUAAUAUCUAGGACGAAAUAUUUGUUUUUUUGUUGUUUUUUGUGGUUAUUCAUACUUUUGAUGGCAGAUAAAACACAGAUAAUUAUUCGGCAAUUUGUAUUUAUAAUAUAAGAUGAAUUGAGAUAUGUGUGUAAUAGUAAACUGACUAUAGUGAGCAUAAUAAACGGCAAAAAUACUUCAACUGCAAAACUGAAACAAAGAAUACAUCGUUUCAAAAAAAGUACCAAAAAAUUAAAAGGAUCGUGGGUGUUACAGCUAUUCAAAUCUUUUUAACAUAUUAAAGACAAUAGAGUUUAAAAGCCGACUGAAAGCGGGGCAUGGAAUUAACAAUGGGAUCAGGAAUCAAGAUGAACAUCCUAUCUUGCGUCCAGAAUGCUUUUACAAAGGGAAAGAACGUUAGCGAAAUAUUACGACGUGGAAUGUCGUUUGAACAAUUCACUAUGGCCGACGUUGCACAACACUGUGACCUCACUUCUUGUUGGAUAGUACUGUCGGAUAAAGUUUAUGACGUCACGGACUUCAUUGCAAAUAUCCGUUUGUAUCAAGCACAGUUCAAUGUCAAACUCUUCGUUUUCAUAUUUGCUUCGACGAGGAUUUUUGAUUGGUUUCUUCUAAAACCUGAUAACUUAAGAUCUGAUCCUAUAGCCUUCAAUGUAAGACAUUUCGAGAAGGAUGAUGAUGUGGAACAAACCGAGAGAAGGCAGGUAGAAUCAUGCAUAAAUUUAUAUGAAUUUGAAAUACAGCGAGAGUUGGAAAGGUUUGAGGCAAAUCGUAACAUUUGUAUAACUCAUCAUCAGUACUUGAAAGACGUGGAUUCUUUUGUAAUUGAAGUUGGAGGUCAUACGGGUGAAGAUGCCACAAUGAUGGUCAAUAUGUACAAUCCCAGAUACGUUAUAUUGGAACCCGUAGACAUGUAUGCAGAUAUCCUUAAAGAGAAGUUUAAAUCUAAUUCAAGAGUCACCGUGUUGAAUGUUGGACUCGGAAAAACGAACGAGUAUGUUAAUAUAAAAAGUAACAACACAGGAACAAAGUCUAAUCAUGCUGAAAAUAGUACGAUUGUGGUGAAGGAUGCUACAGAGUUCUUCAAAAGUAUUCGUGUGGGCAAGUUUGAUAUGGAUCUGUUAAUGAUGGACUGUCAUGGUUGUGAACUUGAUGUCUUAGAAAAUAUAAUUGAGUCUAAUUUAGUGAUAAACUUUAAAAACAUACAGUUCAACUCACAUGGAAGUUCGCUAUAUAUGCACAAUGCAUCAGUAAAUCAAAAAGAACGAUACUGUAAUCUGCAAGAAAAGUUAUCUCGUACACACAGAUCGACAUUUCAGUUUAAAUAUAUCUACGAAAACUGGCGAAGAAACGACAUAUCGUGAGAGUUUGUUUAAAACACGUACAAGCACAGCGAAAUAAAAUACAAUUGAAACUCAAUGUUCCGAGCUUGCUUAUCUCAAAAUUCGGAUUAUCACAAAGACAGUCCGGUCUUGUCCCGAAAACAUAUGCACAAAAUGUCAUUUUAAGCCGAACUUCGGUUAUCUUGAAGUAAAAUGCUGGAGCAUUAAGUAUACGAGAAACUGAGUUUCAACUGUACUUUUUACAGUAUCAAUAAAUAUGUUUUGAUUUGUAUUAUAUUUACAAGUAAGGGACAUUCCAAAUAAUUGUUAUAAUUGGUGAAGACUGUGACUUAUAUAUUGGUAUUACAUUUCUUGAAACAGUGUUCUAGUAUUAUGCAACAGAAAAAAAAAUUCUC